GAUAGGAAUAAAUUAGUUUUUGCGAUUGUUUUCCCUCGUGAUCGCGUGUCGACGCACGGUUAGGUUGCUGUCAGCAUGAAAUGGGUGAUUUCUAAGAAGGAAAAACUGUAAUCUAUCAGUUGGAAACAUCGCAUCGAGGGAACGCUCAAGGAUAGACGAUGUUUUGUGGGGUUAUAAUCCAUCGACUUUCAUUGGCUUUGUGUUGUUUGGCGCUGUUUCAAGUUACAGUAUUUGCUUCAAACGAGCCAGAGGACAAGACAUUUGAACCGGGAGAAAAUAUCACCCUUGUUUGUGGUAACGGAAGCCUGUCCUCCUCCACUUUUUUAAAAUGGACCAAGGACGAAAACAUUUUAUUUAACACUACCUCUCACAAUAUAAGUUUAGUCCUUUCUAACCUCACAAAAGAAGAUGCUGGAUUGUACAUUUGCACAGCAAAUAAUUCAAAGGUAUUGAAGAAAAUUCAACUCGUCUCCCCAUCAGAUGUUCAAGAAGAAACAGAACAGCCGCCAGAGGAACAAGACGAUGGACUCAGUAAUGUUGACUACAUCGCCAUCGCUCUCGCACUUGGCUUGACAGUUUUUAUCAUUGUUUUUAUGGCGGUAUUCCUUUACCGGGCAAAAAGACGCCGAAAGAAUGAAUACAAUAAAAGACGAUGGAGAGUUAAUGUCAACGGAAAUCAAAACGUGGCUGUUGAAGAGGAAAAUUUGAGAAUACCCGGUUAUCCAAUAAAUGAUUUCCAGGUGAGAAUGGCUCCCAAAGGACCCCGUAAAUCUUCACGGCAGAACAACAGACCAACGGAAUAUCACUGGCUGGAGACUUUAGGAAGGGACGAACAGCCUGAUGGGAACGCUAACGCACCUGGGCGACCUAUGUACCAGUACACUGCAUACGUGUAAUAUGAUUGGACAUUUUUGACUUGUUAAAACAUAUUUUUUAAAUUAAAAGAAAUCUGUCGAAAUAGUUCGUAAUAAGGAGCCCAUUAAUGUGCUCCUGUCGUGAGUCAUCAGUUCAAAGGCUAUCCUUUGCAGAUUGUUUCUGAUCAGCUUUUAAAAAUUUUCCCUGUUUUGAAUAUGCCUUCAUAGGGCUCUGCUUGAGCUGGUGACACUUUUAGAUCUGCGGAAUUAUUUUUAGGGGAAAGUUGCAAUUAAAAGUGAUGCAUUGUUGAAACAAACUCUCUUCCUUUUAUCAUUAGAGUUUUCUAGAUCACACUUUAACGACUGUGACGAUUUUGGGACGUACUGUUACAAACAAUCUAGACACUCUGUCUCCCCCUGAAACACUCCAGCCCAUCAGCCAAGCUACUGUGAGAGCGUUUUUAGCAGGAAGGAAUGGGGGGGGGAAUAUUUCUUCCCUAGUUAUCGGAGUUUUGUCAACCGGGUCGGCCUGUCCUCUCCCCGGAUUCUGAACUAGGCGUGAUCCUGGAAAUGAUGUCAG